CCGCUGCUCCCGCCUCCUGCCCUCCCUUGCCCCCUCCCCUCCCCGACACUGCAGCAUUCGCCGACUGCAGCUCCAGCCACCGCCCGCGCCUCUCCGGCCUCCGCAAGCCCACCGCCGCCAGCACCAUGGCCAGCACCAUGUCCGCCUACAAGGAGAAGAUGAAGGAGCUGUCGGUGCUGUCACUCAUCUGCUCCUGCUUCUACUCACAGCCGCACCCCAACACCGUCUACCAGUACGGGGACAUGGAGGUGAAGCAGCUGGACAAGAGGGCCUCUGGCCAGAGCUUUGAGGUCAUCCUCAAGUCCCCUUCCGACCUGUCCCCGGAGAGUCCCAUGCUCUCCUCCCCCCCCAAGAGGAAGGACACCUCCCUGGAGGAGCUGCAGAAGCGGCUGGAGGCAGCUGAGGGGCGGAGGAAGACGCAGGAGGCGCAGGUGCUGAAGCAGCUGGCCGAGCGGCGCGAGCACGAGCGCGAGGUGCUGCACAAGGCGCUGGAGGAGAACAACAACUUCAGCCGCCUGGCCGAGGAGAAGCUCAACUAUAAGAUGGAGCUCAGCAAGGAGAUCCGCGAGGCGCACCUGGCAGCGCUGCGUGAGCGGCUGCGCGAGAAGGAGCUGCACGCUGCCGAAGUGCGCAGGAACAAGGAGCAGCGUGAGGAGAUGUCCGGCUAAGGGGCCUUUUGGACACCGCGGCGCCUGGAUCCCGAGAUGAGACAAGAACACGUCUGGGUUUUGGUUUUGUUUUGUUCGACUUUGUCUAGAUGCAGCUUUUGCUCCCGCUCCUCCCUCCCCUCCUGUGCUCCCAGCUUCAGCUUCUCUUUCCGCGUUCCGAGCUGUCCAGUCCUCGUGGCAAGGCCUUGACCACAGGCUGUCCCUGUGGAGCCCCCAGGGCGUGGCACACAGCCCCUCAGUUCAGGCCCCAGGCUGGCGGUGGCUGGCUCCCCUCUUGGCAGCACUCUUAGUGGACGUGGUGGCGACCUCAGUAAAUCCAGCGAUGGUGGCAGGAACACGCAGGUCCUUGUGCUGGGUUGUGCUGUGAGCACCUUGUCACUUAGGGCAUGUCUUCUGAGGUAGCUCCUGCCGGCGGGCAGAGCCACCUCCACCUGGAUGUCCUCCCCUGGGAGAGGGGCUGGGCACGCAGGAGGGGGCGGAGGAGGACAGACUUGGACAGAGAAGGACCUCUGAGCAGUGGGGGCCAGGUACCCUGUCACCGGCCAGCCCUGGGAACCCCGUGUGCAGUGGUGCUUUUUGGAACUGGUGGGUAGGAGCUGCAGCACGCUUUAACGUGGUGGCACAGGGGCCUCUGAGACCCGCUGGCCUGAGGUUGGCACCCUCGGCUGGCCUGGGAAGCUUCGGUCAUUGCCCUUGUCUGGAGCGGUGGUGGGGUGUGGCUUGGCCUGGGUUUUCAGGGCAGUGGGCGUGUUCCACCAGGGACCUGUGAGCGAGCUGCCGUGCUCCAGACGGUUGUGGGCAGCGCGGACACAUGCCGGCCCCUCCUCCCAGAAGGGCCCUCUUCCUUCUGGCCCAGCACCUGUGUGGGGAAAGCCAGCCUCCCACUGUCCCUCCUCUCUUUCUCCAGGCUUUGCAGAUGCCCUCGGAGGACCCCUCCUUAUAUCCCUUUGGAGUCUCAGCCCCCUCCCGUGUGCCCUCUGCUCUGGUCAAAAGAUGCUCUCACACUGCUCCUGGCCACAGGGCGUUCAGGCUCACCUCUGGACAGGUGGCGCAGUGUGCGGGGUGGCAGCCACAAGUGCCCCUCUGGGAGCCCUGAGUAGAUACUGGGGGGCGGGGGACCAGGGCCUGAAGAUUCAGAUGUCGGGGGGCAGGGGACAGGGUUCCCAAGCCACCUCCUCACCUGCUCCAUCCUUCCAUUCCUGGCUGGUGGCCCACUCUGGCCAGCCUGCAGGUUGGCAGCCUGGCUCUAUCUCCUGCCAAGACCCUCCUUGGCUGGGCUCCUCCCCCUCCCUCAGCCUGGGGGGACCUCCAGACCCCCCAGCGCCAGCCUUUGAGGACGGCUACCCGCUUGGACACAGCAGCAGCUUCUUCUCCACGGCAGACCCGCCCCACGACUGGGUGCUUGGGGCCGAGUCCUCGCUGGCCAGCCUCUUGGUGGAAAGCAUGAGGCGUUUCUUGCAGGCAGGACCCAGAGCCAGUGCCUCAGAAACCAGAUGAUUGCAGCCCUCAGUGCCCCUGGCUUUCGAUCUACAGAAACCUACGGGGACACUGCUGGUGACCUCCCAGAGCCAAGCCAGGGAGCACGGGUGGGUACUGAUCCAUUGCAGUGGGCUUCGGGGGAAGUUGGGACCUGUGCCCCCCUCCCGGUCCCCACCGUGACAGCCCCCAAGGGAGUGACAAGCCAGGACUGGGACCCAGCAGUGCCCACCGGUGGCUUUUGUGGGACUCGGAAAGGGGACUGAGGGUUGGAUUUCUCGGAGCGGUGGCAGCUCUCUCAUAGCAGAAGCCCUAGUGUAAUGCACACCCAUCUCAUCCACGUAGUAAAAGUGAACUUAACAAUUAAAUGAACGAUUAAAAAAAAUGUGUGUGUUUAAGAAA